UGAAAUUUAUUUCUCCCCUCCUUCGAACUAACCUUCAAAUUCGAAAAUCGUGCAAAAAUAAUUCUACCGAAUACUGUAAUACGAAGAGUAAAGCUAUUUUCAAAAUGAAAAGAUUAUCGGAAGAAAGAACGAAAAUAUUAUUUGAAAAAUUAGCAAAAUACAUUGGUCCCAAUGUUAAACUACUGAUUGAAAGACCGGACGGAAUCUACUGCUUUCGCGAACAAAAAGACAGAGUUUAUUACAUUUCAGAAAAAAUCCUCAAACUUGCCGAAAAUGUACCUCCAACUCAACUGAUCUGUGCAGGGACUUGUUUUGGGAAAUUUACGAAGACAAAUAAGUUCAGGUUGCAUAUAACAGCGCUCAAUUAUUUAGCACCAUAUGCUCAAAGUAAAAUAUGGUUAAAACCUUCAGCGGAGCAACAAUUCUUGUAUGGUAAUCAUGUAUCCAAAUCUGGGUUAGGUCGAAUUAGUGAAAAUACGGAAAAGUACCAGGGUGUGCUAGUGUAUAACAUGGCAGAUUUACCAUUAGGAUUCGGAGUUGCAGCAAGGUCAACAGCUGAUUGCAAACAUGCAGAUCCUUUAGCGUCAGUCUGCUUUCAUCAAGCAGAUAUAGGAGAAUAUAUAAGGUCUGAAGAGGAUCUUUUAUGAGUGUUAGGUGACUGUCUUAUAUUAAAUACUGUAAUUUAGCAACAAUGAUUUUUACUGUUAAUUUA